CCUCCUCUCCCUGAGCUAAGAAAGCCCUUCCACCUGCUCUCAGAGAAAGUCUGAGCAAGGGAAUCAAAGAGGACAGAGAGCAAGAAGCAGGAGACAGCCAGAGCUGAGAGUGUGAUUCUCUCUCCAGCCUUAUAACUCUCUGAGGAGGAGGCUAGUGAUCAUCAUUCUACCUUUGCUAAAUAGAGCAGAGGAGGAAGCUUGGGAGGAGCUGAGAAUGGCAGAAAAGCUGGACUAAGAGGAGGACACCUCAAGUGGAAAAGAAACUUCAGAAACCCAGGAAACUGGGAGAUUCCAGCUGACUCUUCUGAGCAAAAGGUGAAUGCCUUGAAAACAGGAUGAGCCGUAAAGGAUCUACAGGCAGCCAUCCUGGUUCUGCAGAUGGCAGCAUGGGCAAAGCAGAUGGAGCUGCCAAAAUGAGUGCAAAAGAUUUAUAUGAGCAAAGAAAGAAGUACUCCAACUCGAACGUCAUUAUGCACGAGACAUCACAGUAUCAUGUACAACAUUUAGCCACCUUCAUCAUGGAUAAGAGUGAAGCCAUUGUAACAGUGGAUGAUGCCAUCAGGAAGCUCAAACAGCUUAACUCCAAAGAGAAGAUCUGGGCACAAGAGAUGUUAUUGCAGGUUAAUGACAAAUCUAUUCGACUACUGGACUGCGAAACUCAGGAAGAGCUAGAAGACUUCCUUCUGCCAACAGUCCAGCAUUGCCAAACUGUGCUGAAUCAGAUGCGAUACUCAUCCAUACUUCUGCUGGUGUGUCAGGACUCAGAGCAGCACAAACCUGACAUUCACUUCUUCAACUGUGAUGAGGUGGAGGCAGAGAUGGUUCACGAGGACAUAGAAAGCGCACUUGCUGACCAUAAAUUUGGGAAGAAGAUACGACCACAGACACUCAAGGUAAACCAAGAGAAGAUAAAGCAGAGACAGUCCAUCCUCCCACCACCUCAAGGGCCAGCUCCUAUCCCUUUCCAGUAUGAAACGAGAAGUUCCCCAAAGAACAGCUUGAAUCGGGUGGCUCCUCCUUCACAACAUAAUGAGCCAGAAUAUGAUCGACGAAGCUCCAGCUCUCAGGAUCAGGAAGAGUCCCGUGCGCUUUUUGCACAGAAGAUCGAGAAGGAAACGCAAACUCUGAAUUGCACCCUAGAUGAUAUUGAGGUGUUUGUUGCCAAGCUUCAGAAAGCAGCAGAGGCAUUCAAACAGCUGAACCAAAGGAAGAAAGGAAAGAAGAACAAAAAGAAAGGUCCAGCAGAGGGAGUUCUAACUUUAAGAGCAAAACCCCCAAAUGAAGCAGAGUUCAUUGACUGCUUCCAGAAAACCAAGCUGGCACUAAAUCUACUGGCAAAACUGCAAAAACAUAUCCAGAAUCCAAGUGCUUCAGAAUUAGUGCAUUUCCUGUUUGGACCACUGGAAUUGAUUGUUAAUAGCUGUGGAGGUCCUGAACUUGCAAGGUCUGUUGUCAGCCCACUUCUUUCUAAAGAUACCACAGAUUUCCUGAAAGGACACCUAACCCCAAAGGAGAUGACCCUGUGGGAGUCCUUAGGGGAGGCAUGGACAAGGUCAAGGGCUGAGUGGCCAAGAGAUGCCAACAUCCCAAGCUAUAUUCCAAAAUUCCGUAAUGGUUGGGAGCCGCCUCUGGAAAUCUUCCGUGGAGCCCCUUGGGAAAUAGAUAUUGGCCAUCUGCAGGAAGAGCUGUCCUCAUCACCUAAUGGGUAUUCCAGUCGCAGUCUAAAACCUCUCCAGACAUCUGAUCAAAUGCAAGCUGUGGAUGCCUUUACUCAGCAUGUUUCCCAGCAUGUAAACAGGAAUUUGGAGGCACAGGGUAUGGCUCCAUCAAAGAGAUAUGCCAAAAUUCAAUAUGAUUUCACAGCUCGAAAUGCCACUGAACUUUCUGUGCUGAAGGAUGAAAUUCUGGAGGUGUUGGAAGAUAAUAAACAGUGGUGGAAGCUGCGAAAUCGAAGUGGCCAGGCUGGUUAUGUCCCAUAUAACAUCUUGGAUCUUGUGAAGCUGGAGGAUUAUAGCUUAAUUGAACAGAAAUACAGAGGAGACUUGAGUCCAAGGAGAACGGGACCUUCCAGCCCCUCACAUAAGUUACCUGCCAGCUAUGCUGGGGAUAAAUGGGGAAGUGAAAUGCUCGCUCGUAAUUCUUCUGAUGCCAAAGAACAAAUGAUACAUCACAUGGAUGAAGUCAAUGAUGAACUGCUGAAAAAGAUCUCCAAUAUCAAAGUCCAGGCCCCUCAAAGAAAUUUUAAAGUUGAGAAGGCUCAGCAUGUUCAUGUGCCCAUGACUUUUGAGUCUAAUGCACAGGAGGUCAAAGCUUGGCUGGAAGCAAAUUCUUUCAGCAAAGGGACUGUGGAUCAUCUUGGUAUACUGACAGGGGCACAGCUUUUUUCUCUAAACAAAGAAGAACUGAAAAAAGUAUGUGGUGAAGAGGGUGCCAGAGUGUAUAGUAAAAUAACAGUUCAGAAGUCUCUCCUAGAGAAAAGCAGAGGGGAGUCAGAACUUCAAGAAAUCAUGAAGCGACGCCAAGAGAGGAUUGAUUCUGCAAUUUAAAUUCUACCUGGUUUAUUUCCCCCAACUCUUAAUCUCAUACACUUACUUGCAGGGAAAAAAAGGGAAAGAGAGCAAAAGUAAAUGCCCUGUUAAAAUAAAAAAAGACUGCUGGGAUCAGCAGCUAAGCAAUGUAAAUGGCCAUCCAGACUGACUGUUCCUUCCACACUGUUGAUCAAGGGGAGGCUGUGGUUCCCUCACAAAUGUCAUAGGACAUAUUGCAUUGGGAGAGAGGUUUAGUGUUGCAUGAAGUAUUAUUUUUAUAUCUCUGUAUUUUAUAGAUAAAUGUUAUGUGUGUGAAAUUCACUGCACAAGGAAGACAAGCAUUCAGGUUCUAGGCAAAGGCUGAAGCAAAAAUGGCCUCACAAAAAUCUAUGCAGUAGAUUGCUGCCAUCAGAAAGUGUCUUAGAAACUUCCUGGAAAUACUUCUAUGCGAAUGUAUUUUGAAGAUGGCAUAUCUCCAUGUUGUCUGCUGAACCUUUCUAUAUAACAGGAGUAGCCCAACAUAAGGGAGUGGGAGGAUCUUCUGGGGGCCACUGUUCUGACACAUAAAAACCCAACAAACAUAUGACAAGGUGAUGAUCAACUGACACGCAAAUGAUUUAAGUUUACUUUGGAUGUUUUCCCAGAAACUACUCAGCCAACACCUCAACGUUUUUGUUUCCAACUUUUGUGCUUUACUGCUUUCAGAUGCCAUCAAAAGGACAUGUACCAAACAUGUCCAGGGUUCAUUCAAGGGCCAUUCCCCACAGAAAGUGAUAGCAUGAUGAGCUGAAUGUGAUAUCACUACAUUCCACACUCAAGUAUAUUCAGAAUGUCCUUCAUAAAGAUUCUGUCCAAGAAUUCCCCAUCACAUCCACAACCUCACAACAUCUGCCAUCAUAUUUCUACCAAUCCUGAAUGUUCUCAAUUGUUCCUACACAAUCAGUGUACACAACCCUAUUUUGACUCUGAAGCGAUCAUAUGUAGCAUCUGUGGCAUUUCAAGUAGCUAAUUUAGGUAGUUCCAUUUUAACCUAACAUGUAAAAAGAAACAAGAAGAUGGGGGUGACAUUUUAGUAGACCCAUCAAUCGAUACAAGCAUAUUACUUAACAGCAUGAAUAUAGAUUUGAUGACACCUCAAAUAUCAUGCUUCCAUCCUACUGAAUACUGGAAUUUGUAGUUUGGCGGGAAUUCCUAAUGCCUCACUAAACUACCAAACCCAGGUUACAGUGGCAGAAUACUGCAACAAUUGUGCAGUGUAGAAUUUCUUACAGUGGAUCUGCAAUACAGUGCAACUGCAAUACAGUUAUUGCAGUAUUAUACCACUUCACCCAUCAUGGUUCCAUUCUGUGAGAUCCUGUGAUUUGUAGUUUGGUGAGGCACUUGGAAUUUUUAUCAGCCUUAUAAGAAACACAUACCUUUUUUUUCCAGAGAGUUUAAUAGUGCCCUCCUGAACAUGUCUACUCCAAUGUAAAUCCACUUAAUUCUGUAGGGUUUGCUCCAAGGAUUGUAGCCUUAAGACCAACAUCUACUAAUAGUCGCAGCUAGACAGACCCAUUUAAUCAGUUUUUUUGUAUCUGUUGUUUUUUGUAAAUCUUAUUGAUUAAUGGGGUCUACUUGAGAUUCCCAGUGGGAUUCAGGCAUUAAUGUUUUAGGCUUCCCUCACUUUUACUGAUUACUAUGCAGGCAGACUUUAUAAUGAAAGGACCUACCUUUUGCUACUUGUAAAUGUACUGUAACAUCUAAUAACAACAUGCAAAUGUUAGAACAACAUCUUCCUCCCUCCAUCUCUUCAUAAUAUAUUUUAAAACUGCUAAUUUCUUUAAGGGAAAGGUGAGGCUCAAAUGAAGAGCAAACAUCUUCAAAUUUCCUGAUUGCUGAGCACUUUGAUUUGUUUGUUUUGCUUCAUUUGCCUUUUAAUCACAGGGGAUUGGCCCAGAUUAGCUGUGUUUGCCUUGGCAUUCAUCCUUGAUUUGUGAACCACAGUGCUGCCCAACUAAUCACAAAUGAAUCAGAAAAUAAGAUUUAAUCCCCAGUAGAAGUGCAUUCACCACCCUAAGUACAUUCAAUUGAAGGUAAUAUGCUUAAUCCAAGGGUACAUGUUAAAGUGGGGUCCAACAGUGGACCUUCAGUCACAGAAUGGCAUUUUCCCAGCAGAACUGGAAAAGGCCAAUACCCCAUUUUCACUGUAGCCCCUCUAUGCCCCCAGAAGUAGCUGGAGGUUAGAGAAAAACCUUCUAGAGCCAGUUUGCUGGUGCCCUGGGAGGCUAUGGAUGGGAAGUGGGAAGAAAGAGAAUCCUACAAGAUGUGCUAAUAAAAAGAUUUUGCCCUAUAUGGCCACUGAGACAAUUCAGUUUGGGUCCAGAAAAUACUAUACUGAGCUGACGCUUUUAUUAAAUAAAAUAAGUUUGCAGUCAUAGCAUGCAAAAGUAAAAUGAGAAUAUGCAUAUAGUAUCCACCAUAUAUGCUAAGAAUCCAGAAUAUCGUAGCAAGGCAACUCAUUAAAAAUAAUCUUUGUGUCAUUUGAAUACUUGGGUUUGUUAAGUAGUAGAGUUAUCAAUCAGCCCAUCAUGCUAAGAUGUAAGGAUCACUCUACAUCCUACCUUUUAUACAACUAGUUGUUUCCUUUGGGAGUGCUCACAUGCUUUGUUUUUGCUCUGUGCAGGUUAUAUCACUUUCUACCAGGCUGCCUCUGUCAAAUUCAUUUAGCCAUGUGUUGUAAAAUAUGCAUUUGGCUUGGAACAACAUUCUAUAACAAUAUCCACGUUGGUGAAUAUUGGUGAAUAAAAGUACACUUUAGCUUUAAUGUUCUAGCACAUCUGGAAAUGAAAAUCUGACAUACCUGUAUGAACAAAAUUGGCUGCUAGGUAAUAUUUUCUAGUCUGAGAAUAUAAAUGUAAGCUAUAAUCCUACAAAAACCUUUAAUGGACACAUUAUGCAUGAUAUAAAGAGUCCCAAAGAAACUGUUUCUCUGCGUGCCUAGAGAAUUUUGCAAGACCAAGCCUUUAUGAAAUACACACAUGGCUGCCGAAUGUUUCUCCAUCUGCUAUUAAUAUUUGUACAUUAGCCACAGUGGUUUUAGAUUUUCUGUAUAUAAUUAUUUAGACAAUGUUCAUCACAGAAACAAAAAAAAUGAAGCUAUAAUAUGAAAUUUAUGUUUAUAGUCUAUAUUAUAUUUUAAAGGUAGCUGUGCAGAUGUAACUUAAUCACAUGUUAAAAAUCAGAGCUAGUAGAACAUAUAUAUUAUAUAUGAUGCUGGCAAGUAUAGAGUUGGCAGAAUAUGCAUUUAUUUUGUUUAACUAUAGAUCCAAUUUACAGAGCAAACAAACUGGUAUGUGGAGUGGUGGCAAUAAUAGAAGUAAGACAAAGUGGAACAAUAAUGCACACCAUUGAGCUGCUUGGGCAAAGGGUGAGAAGCAAAUGUAACAACUGAAUAAAUGGCUCUGUCCUUAUCUUUCAA